AGCUCUCGCUAGUCGCUACUCUGUUUUUGAGUCCAUCUUGUGCUACUUUCCACACAAAUUCCUGCAGAUUAUUGCAGAAGAGGAUCCACCGCAGAGAGAAGAUGCUUCCGAGGCAUAGAUUCUUCAAGUUCAGAUUCUCCUUGUAGCUGCAAAUGAAUGAGCAAAAAUCUCAUCUGCUCUCUCAGCUUCAUCUGCUCUCUCAGCUGCGACGAGAGAAACAAAAAUCCCUCUGAUCUCUGCCAGCGAGCCAGUUUGGUUGGUUUCUUUCUACACAUAGUUCUCCCACCACAUCUCUCUCACCAGUCUAGUAGCUUUGCCCUUUUCCAGGCCAGGUGAUAACAAGGGAAGGCGAGUGGUCGAUUUUUUGGGGACUUAUUCUCUGCACCAGUAAUUUUGCAUCCAUCGUUUAUUCCUCUGCUUCGCGCGUCCGUCCUCUGCAUACCCAUCAAGUGUCGCGUCGUCUUGUCAGAGCUCGCAAUCAGCAGGGGCACACGACAGCGUCUGUAAUUGGUGCUGCAGGCGCAUGCGCGAAAAACUGAGGUGAUCGAUCCCACCCAUCGAGAGGAGGUUGCACUUAAUUCGCAAAGCUGCACUUCAGUUUGGAGGGAGAGGGAGGCAUCCUGUUCCAUCACUCAAUCAAUCCACGACCUUGUGGUGGUGUGCGUGUCGUUCGCUGCCACAUAUAAGCGGCGUCAGAUGAGUGCACGGCCCUGCUGCCUCCUCGGCGCCGCGCACCACGCGCACGCGGGGGUCUCUUCUUCUUCCUCCUCCUCCUGGCCGUCCAUGGCGCCGUGGAUCGUCGUCGUCGACUGCUCCAGCCUCAGCUGGCUCCUCUUCCGCGUCUUCUUCACCUACGACAUCCACAACUUCGGCAAGCCCACCAUCUAGCACACAGCACCAAGUCAUCUCCUACUUAAUUACAGUAGUAGCCUGUUCGGCACAGCAACUUGUCUCUUGUGUUUCCUGCAACCGAUCGAGCGAUCGAGCUGGAGCAUGUCCGGGCCACGGCGGUGCGGCAGCCGGCGGCCAGCGGUGGUGGGGGACAACACCAACGGAUACGUCGAGACCGAUCCCACGGGUCGCUAUGGCCGGGAUCUCUGUAGUAUCACGUAUACAUGUCGUGCUACACAGUUAUGCUUUGAUUUAGAAUGAACAACCUGGCAUUACAGUAAGAUAUAUAGUUACCAAGAAUUGAUGCAUGAUUAGAAGAAGAGAAGUUCCCCGCGAAUUGCCCUCCUUUCCAAUCGCUGUCCCAGAUACCUCCAAUAUUGGUUUCUGAUUACUUGUGCUAGUAGAGAUGGUAUACGUACUUCCAUCACAUGCUGACAGCAAACCUUCGGUCAUUAGUUUAAGCUACUACUAUAGGGUUUUUCUUAAUCAUCAUGUUAUUUAAGGAUAGAUUCCAUAUUGUGAUGUGCACAUCGGAGCUACCUGUAGAACAGGAAACAAUUAUUGCGCCCUUUUCCUUUCCUUUCCAUCCCAUUUCCAUUUGCCUUUUGCAAAUCUUGUCUUCUUUCCAUACAGUUCGUUCGUUGAUAACACACACAUCAGCAAGGCCGGUUUGUUUUUCCUCCUCUCCCAGAAAUAACACAUACUUCUACUGAUUUUUCUUGGCUAUUUAACAUCCUUUUUGUGUAAUACAAUACUAAUAAUAAAGAAUGUACAGGAGCACCAUGCCAAUGCUUGUAGUUAGUUGCCAAUGAUACCCAUAUCGAUCACUGCAUGGUCAUGUAACGUGUUUACUGUAAGUUUAAUUUGCAACAUGAAAGGUGGAACCAUCAAGACAUUCAUAUAUAAUAUUGUUAAGCACAUCAAGAUUAGAUCAGGGUCAAAUAAUAGUACUAAAUUAAUCAGUUGCUGUACAGAAAGAUAAUAAUACCACAAUAAUUCUAUAAAUGGUCAACUAGUGGAUGAUUAAUCUGAGAUGGUCAGAGAGUUUGAUUGUGAUUUGUGGUCCAAUAAUCGUCAGAAAGAGUGCUGGCUUUUUCCAAUAGUCAGAGAUGGUGUUUGAUUGGUAUUUGAACUUUCCCAAGCUGGAUUUGGUGUCCAUCUGUCAAUAUGCCAAUAAUAAGAUGCUCUGAAAGCUUCAAAAGGGAUACGCUGUUGCCAAGUCAUAUCCAAUAGAUAUGGUGCCUAAUCUUUUCUGCUGGUCACUUUUCUUCAGCCUGUCAGUAACUCAGUAUAUAUGAUUUCAAUCCAACUGCAGGGAGUAGUUAACUGUAAUAUUUGUAAGAUAACACAUAGUAAUAAAUAAGGAGUAGUAUAUAUAAUUUGAAAAUUAUUUAUUAUGAGAUUGCUAAUCUGAAGGCAUAAUAAUUAGUUCGACGAGCUUCUGGGCAAGGGCGCCAUGAAGUCGGUGUACCGGGGCUUCGACGAGGAGCUUGGCGUGGAGGUGGCGUGGAACCAGGCCAGCCUCAGCGACGUGCUCCGGACCCCCGACGCGGUGCAGCGCAUGUACUCGGAGGUGCAGCUGCUGAGCAGGCUCUGUCACGACGCCAUCAUCGGCUUCCACGCCUCGUGGGUGGACCUGCCCCGCCGCACCUUCAACUUCAUCACCGAGCUCUUCUCCUCCGGCACGCUCCGCUCCUACCGCCGCCGCUACCCGCGCGUCAGCCUCCGCGCCGUCCGCUCCUGGGCGCGCCAGAUCCUGCGGGGCCUCGCCUACCUCCACGGCCUCGACCCGCCGGUCAUCCACCGCGACCUCAAGUGCGACAACAUCUUCAUCAACGGGCACGAGGGCCGCGUCAAGAUCGGCGACCUGGGCCUCGCCGCCGUGCUCCGGGAGGCCGGCGGCGCGGCGCACAGCGUGAUCGGCACGCCCGAGUUCAUGGCCCCCGAGAUGUACGACGAGGAGUACGACGAGCUGGUGGACGUGUACUCGUUGGGGAUGUGCGUGCUGGAGAUGCUCACCCUCGAGUACCCCUACAGCGAGUGCUCCAACCCCGCGCAGAUCUACAAGAAGGUCACCGCCGGCAAGCUGCCCGACGCCUUCUACCGGGUGGAGGACGCCGAGGCCCGGCGGUUCAUCGGCAGGUGCCUUGUCGCCGCGUCCAAGAGGCCGUCCGCGGCGGAGCUGCUGCUCGACUCUUUCCUCCAACUCGACGAUCAUUAUCAGCAUCAUGCCACCGACGUGAUGCCACAGCCAACAAUAUCAUUGCCGCCUGCUGCUGCUCCUUGUUCGACCGGCAGCAUCAGUAGUUCCGAUGAUGUCUCGUCAACAAUGGGUGAUGAUCAUGUGGGGGGUGAGGAUGCCGCAGAUCCUCCAGUGGCCAGCAGGACUAGUGACAUGACCAUCACCGGCAAGCUGAACGCCGAGGAGGACACCAUCUUCCUCAAAGUCCAGAUCGCCGACGAGACGGGGAACGAUGUUCGGAACAUCUACUUCCCGUUCGACAUGGUGAGCGACACGGCGACGGAGGUGGCGGAGGAGAUGGUGAAGGAGUUGGAGAUCAGGGACCGGGACCCAUCGGAGAUCGCCGCCAUGAUCGACCAGGAGAUCGAGAGGUUGCUUCCCGGGCGAAAGCAGCAGCACGAGUACACUGUGUACGCGGCACAGGAUGAUGACGACGAAAACGUGGAGCGCCCUCCUCCGUUCUACUACCUCUCCUCUUCCCCCACCUCCUCCCAAGGCUCUGUCUGUGGAGCGGGACCCGGAGGCUUCUCUGGCCCACAAGGCAGCGCCUGGUCCAAAGAGUAUGGGUACUUGGCUUCUUUAAGCGACGAUGAUGAUGACAUGAGCUCCAUGCACUCUGGUAAGUACUCUGCUCUGCACUACGCCUCAGGGAAUGAAGAAGAGGCCCAGUCACCACAUCAAGUCAUCGGAGAUACGGCCUCAAAGGCCCAGCCCAAGAACACCAGAUUCGGCCCAGGAGAGAGCAGCAGCUCCCUGCUGACUCGGCAGCAGCAGCAGCAGCGGCAGUGCAGCAUGUCGCCGCACGCCGGCCGGCCGCGGCGGCGGGAGGACGACGACCGGCACGGGAGGGGGAGGAGGAUGACGCGGAACAGGUCGAUGGUGGACAUGCGGAGCCAGCUGCUGCACCGGACGCUGGUGGAGGAGCUCAACCGCCGCCUCUUCUUCAACACCGUCGGCGCCGUCGAGAACAUCGGCUUCCGGGCGCCCACCACCACCUCCUCCUCUUCCUCGUCGACGCGUGGCAGGAUCCAGAGCAAAGACGACAAGCGUCACCAGCACGUCAUGUUUUAAUUUGAGCAAUCUGUUUUUCUUUUUCUUUUUUUGGUACUUAGUGUGUGUGGAUGCCAAAAAGGUAGUCAAGCCGGUAUGGUUUGUUAAGAUAUAAUAGGAGUAAUUUACUUAUCACCCUGUACAUUAUAGUUUUAAGAAAUAGUGCAAAACAAUAAUACUCAUCGGAGUAUAUGUCAUGGAAUAUAACUUUUUUAGAAAA